ACUUACCCGGCCAAAGAAGAUCCUCUUACAAUAUUAUUCAACUGAUGUAUCUCAGAAAAAGAUGCGUAGCAGCAACCAACACUAAAAAAAGCAAAAGAACUUUGUUUAUUUUGUUAGUAACGACUUUGGUGAUUUUUAGACGUCAACAGACUACGUAAAUAUACUAACACCUAGGAAUAUUGCCAGCAUAUACGUACGCAACUGACCUCAAGGACUUCAUAUACAAAAUGCCUGCUGUCGUUUAGGGCGUCCAAGGUCGUGGGAAGGAAAGUGCGGUCAGGUUUGAAAGUCGAUCGUUUGUUCCGUGGAUUUACCUAGGUUCACAUAGGUGAGUGUCGUAAUGAAUAAGCAGGAAACGACAAAAUGAUAAAACCCGACUACGCUUUUGAACUCUCUUAAGACCUAAACAUGUAAUAAAUCAGGAAACAGCAAAAGCAAACAAGGACUAAGACUCAUUUGUAGUAUACUGAGUUACGAACUUCGGGUUGAUGUGUAAUGAAGUGCAAACCUGCUUAGAAGUAGUGAGCAAAUUAUACCAGUACCGAAGUUUCAGUGCUAAAACGAAGAGUUCGGGAUAUAGUGCUAGAAUGUAGCUUUUGGAGAUAUGAUGUCUUAGAAUUCAUUUCUUGGUUCAAGACGUGAGGUUCGGGUUGGUUUUGUCUUUGCGGUCGGUCUAUGUGUAAUGUCGCGCAUAGUCCUAUUCUAACUUCAAACUUUAGGUUGUCGCACAAGUCAUCUGUUUCAUGUUUUACUCCCCAGGGUCGUCUCAUUUCCACUUUUUUAUUAUCGUCUCUGGUGACGUAAUUAUAUUUGACUUUAGAUUCUGCCAGGGUUUAUUUACUAUGACAUCCUAGGUUACUGUUCGAGAAUAUCCAAACUUCACAAUGUUGUUUGGGGGCUGAUAUUGUGCAUGAUGUAGGUCGUAAGUGCUUGAUUAUUGGCUUGGCCUUUAAAAAACUAGUUUGCUAUGUCUAUUUAGUUCCCAUAAAAACAUGGUAUGACUGGCCACCAUAGAUUCAGUGUGACACAGUAAAUAGAGUUUGCGGUUGAAAACUAGUUAGUGUGGCUGAAAAUCAAUCGUAGUAGUACAUAUGUGCUCACCAUCUAUUUUCAUCUCAAUCCCAAUCAUGACAUUACACAUUUUUCACUUCUUGUUUUUCAUACGCUAAGGUACCGACUGACAGUAAGCUGCAAAACAUUUGAAGUUAAGUUUUCGACGUCAGUACAUCAUAUGUAUAUUGUCUUAAUCUCUAUUCCUUCACUUGGUGCUAUUAUCUUUACUCCUUUGUUUUUUUUCUGAUUCAUUUCCUCUGUUAACUUAUGGUGACUCACGGUCAUCUGUUCCGGGUCCAUUGCAAUUUAUGUUUCUGUUUGUCGAAUUAAAGAUUCCUCCCCGUACACGACAUUUGUAAUGGCUGCGAAAAAUGGACAUGCAUAUGCUGUAGGUAUUUGAUAAUAGGUGUCUCGUAAAACACUUGAGUGAGCAGUGUUGAGGUUUAGCAUCGGUUACUAGACAGAGAUGGCAGAUCUAUCGAUGGAGUUGCAAAUCCUUAUCAAUUGAGGUGCUUAGGAUGUAUGUUAGGUAUGUCUAAUUACUGUCCAUCUCUAUGGUUAGUGUUUACUAGUGUGGGAUUAUAUCGAGAGAAAGUUUGGUGCGGCAAAACUAAAGUGUGGCGUCAGUUCGUGAAGUAAUUAGGCUUAUUGUUAGCUGUCGUCUAGUCAUUGUGUUGAUUUAUAUUUACGGGCAGUAUCCACUUUUUCUCUUUAGCUAGCCAUGUUGCAUAUUUGGAAAAUAAUUUUUUUGUCUACCUUGACGCUAAAUUCUCAAAUAAAAAUCAAGACAUCAACUUCUAAGAUUCAGUGGGUAGUAUUUUAAAUAUUAGCUGUAUUUAAGAAACCUCAGUGAAACGAAAUGGGUUUUAUGAUUAACCUCUUCAGGUCAAUCCAAGUUUAAAUGGUAAAUGAAUCACAUCAAAUGAUCUGAAUUAAUACUUGUUACGAUUUUUAACCAAAUAAUGAUAAAGCAUUAUAAUUCCACGUUUCAUCAAGUCUCUUUCUCUUUGAUGGUGUCAUACUUUACUUAUCGUUAAUUAGGUGUUCACAUUGCAUUAGCGCCUGGUUAGUAUUAUGAAGAAAAGACCGAAGCUUAGUCUUAUUUUUGAUGAGGAGAAGAGAAAGUACGGUCUUUAUUUUCCCACUUUCGAGUUAUUAGAGAAUAUCUUACUGGAUUUCGAAAAAGAAAGCUUGAACGUAAAGAAAAGGGACGUAAAGCAGCAGAAAAACAAUUGAAAAAUGAGAUUAAGGCUGUUAAGGACAAAUAUAGAGAGGCUGCUCGUCAAAAGCUUGAAAAUAUUCGGUUGCCUGGGCCUCUAGAUUGUGUUGAAAACAUCCUUUCCAAUGACAAACAGGUUAUCGGAGACCAAAGUGUUGUUAUUCAAGAAUUAGAUUUGUGUAACUCCCAUUAUUUCAUGGGUGCUUGCAAGGUACAUUGAGAUAAAGCAGUUUCACUCCUAACUUAUUCAGGAACGAAAUUCUGAUCCAAUCAUUUCUAGUGAAGAGCCACAUAUGUCGCUUAAAAAAGCACUCAAAAUGAAUCCCAUGAGGAGUAAAAAGCGUUUCCGUCGUUCAAAGAAACAAACCUCCAAACAUAAACGUCGUAAAUAGUGAUUCCGUCUUGUACAUUUUCGUAUACAAAAUAAUCCGAUAUUUGCUCUGAUACAAUUGAGUUUUUUAAUUUUGCGCUUUCGACGAAGUGUGUUUGUUAGCAAAAUAACCUAUUUAAGAGAUGAUUUUUACUGUAAACUCCAUUCGGUGCAGUAUUAUAAGCGAAAAUGAGCUUUAUUUGUAUGCAGUUAUACGAAUAGUUGGUUUCUAAAUCUCCAAAGUGUGUGAAAUUCUGGGGCGUGAGGUUUUUUUAUAAAGUCAGUGUAAGGAAAUUGUUGCUAAACAGAAUACUUUGAUUGGUAACUAAUUUGUAGACUUCAUCCAAUACAGGAUAAUUGACACACUGUAUAUAAUAUAACUCUCUGAACAUAAAGGCAGCUAAUAAAGUUGAAAUCUAAAGUUCAAAUAAAUUAGCCACUCAUACAUUUAAUGCUUAUUUUUUUAGAUACCUCACAAUAAUUAUUUCAGCUCCAAACAUACCCUAUCCACUUUGAAUUCGCCCAGUAUUUUUAACUAUUGUAUAAAUAGGAAGGGAAGUGAUAGAGCAAUGGUCAAAAUACUCCUUUUAACCGUUAUGUUUUAGGUUCGUAUCCCGCCCCACCUACUUCUGUCUGAAUAACCUUUUAGUAUCGGUAGACAUCAUCUUGGCGUUUUGACUCUGGGUAAAGUGCAUUAACCCGCAAAUCACAUGUGAGUUAAGUUAGAUUAAACAAAAGGAGUAUAUUGAUAAAAUAAUUCUUAAAACAAACCAAUAAGUGUAGGAUUCCAAUUCCACUAUAUCUACUUCAGUUUAAAAACCGAAUUAUCACCGUCCCUCAAAACCGAUAACGAAAUUUUAUGUGGUUGCUGAUCUGGAUUAACUAUAUAUUUAUAUGAGAACGAAUAAAAGUUCAUUUAUAUUUACUCUUGCAUACCUGACUUCACUAAGAAAAUAUUUCGCACUGUCCUGCCUUUAUUGCAUAUAUGAAAGGUGCUAUAUAAAAUUGAUUGGAAAGAACAGUUGUCUACUACUCAGAUUGGGCUUUAUAGUAAUCGUAAUUAAAUACACAUGCUACAUUUGAUGUUUUCGUAGCGGCUUCACAGUUUCAGGAUGCACUUAGAUGGUUUUCAUUCAAGCUAUCAGGCGUUCAUACUUUUAGUUCAAGAACUGGAUCUUUGAAUAAACUAUCAGCGACACUAGCUACGUAAACGUCUUUUUAGCGUUUAAUACUGGCCAUUUUAUUUCCAGUCCGAUUAAGUAUUUAUAGAUUAACCGUAACUCGUAACCUUUAGCACUUCCCCACACAUCAGUGUUUUUGUAGGUUCAUAUUCCUUCGAACUGAAUUUUCCAUAGUGGUAUGAAUGAAAUAAAGAAGUAAUGAAUAAACGAAGUAGAUGAGCCCUGUUAUAUAUUCUACUGUUUCUAAUACAAACGAAUCGCAUGGUUUAAUAAAGAAAGUAUCUCAUGUUCAUUAAAUAUCUAUUUGAACUCAUUUCUGUACUCAGAAUAUAUGGGUAUCAAAUCACAAAAUAUGUAAUUGGAAUGGUGGUGAUUUUCAUAUUACAUUUCAUCACCUUUGUGAAAUAUCUUACGACUAAAUUUGGAAUACGGUCAACAGGAUGAGGCGAAUCUAAUAGUCUUCAAGCCACUAGUUGCAAACUACAUUAGUGACUUGGGCCACGUGUUACAUAAACUUGAACACAGAUUACCACGACGCGCAAUGCUGACUAGCGUUGGAGACGGUUGGAAGAAAGUUAGAGGCGGCCAAACCAAAACAUGGGAUCAGUCUUUGAAUUCGCUAACUUCUAGUCUGAGCCAUAUUGGUAGAUGUAGACUACUCGGUUGGGGUCCGCGUAAAUAUUGUAACCAAUGGUUGGAGACUGGGUGACAUGGAUCAUAAUCGGUCACAAUGGCGUAGGUGUAUACACUGUUUGUCUACCCUUAAACCUUAGAUUAAAAUUACUUUAUACCUUUUUUUCUCUACAAACUAAUUCUUUCUUCCUGUUUUAUAUCUUUAUAUGCACCCUUUUUUACAUAUUACUAUCAUUGAAGUAACUACUAUGAAUUUGGUGUUCAUCUUGUUGUGCUAAUGAGGUGUAACAACCUGGACCGAUGCAUAUAUGUACCUGGUCCCACGUUUUAGCUGACUGAGUAACUAACUAGUUUCAAGUCAAACAUAGGAAUGGUCACCACACUAUCAACGCACUGUCAAAUGUUUAGACAUGAUCUCAUAAUUAGCGCAAAUAAAACAAUUUGGUUGCUGAGUAAAAAUGACUAGAAACUACUCAUUUAAGUUAGCUACUUAAAUGAGUUGGUUAUAUUUAUGCCUAAAGUAAAUAUAGGGUUUAGUAACUAGAAAAAAAAAAGAUAGUUAUCCUUUGUGAUGGUGUCAAGCUUAUUACAAUAUUGGGUUGAAUGUUUUGAUUUCACAAACAAACCUCGGAAUUUUUCAGUCUGAACUGUAUGAUCUUCAUUCUGCCCUAAAAUAUUUAGUAAGUUUUAUAUGAGUGGACAUCGGAAUACAUUGCUACUCAUAUUUGGUCCUCCCCUCCUAAAAUCUUCCCUUAUCCAUUUUUAACAGCUAUCACUAUUUAUCUGAUUGGCCUUAAUGAAUUAUGAGUAAGGGAUUGGCCCCAAGUAAAAGUACUGUGUACAUAAGUAAUCUGCCAUUCAGCCUAACCAACAAUGAUAUUCAUCAAAUAUUACAGCCAUAUGGUAAAGUGGUCAGAGUAACUGUGGUAAAAGAUAAAGAAAGUCGGAAAAGCAAAGGUGUUGCAUUCGUCUUAUUCUUAGAUAAAAAUGAUGCUUUUAAUUGUGCAAAUAAAUUGAAUAAUAUGCAGAUGUUUGGUCGUACACUGAAAGCAUCAAUCGCCCGAGAUAAUGGUCGAGCUGCUGAAUUUAUUCGUAGACGAGAAUAUCCUAAUAAAUCUCGAUGCUAUGAAUGCGGCUCUUUCGGACAUCUUAGUUAUAAAUGUGAAAAAAACUCAUUGGGUGAACGUGAACAACCAGUAAAGAAACGUAAAGUUCGAAAGAAACUCAAAUCCGCGUAAUAGGAAAACACAAAUGAAUCACGACAACAGCGACAAUGAGAAUGAUCAGGAUAAUGAAAUAGAUGAUCCGUUGGAUAGCUGGAGUGCGGCUGUACAACAUCAAGCAGAACUCUACAGUAGACAAUCGUCAUCCCAAUCAACAUCGAAGAAACUAUGUAUUCGUCCGAAUUCAUAUUUUUCGGACGAAGAGGAUAUUGAUGAUUCUUAAGUGUACAGUUAGUUUCCCCUCGGAAAUUCUCCCUACCUUCUUGAGUUUUUACGUAUUAUUCUUAAUCAGUGAUGAUGGUUAUCCUGGACGCUUAAAAAUGAAUACAUUGUCAUUGAUUUUUACCACUUUAUUGUACAACAAAACGUUUUAAUGCAAUGCUAGACUUGAAUUCAUCUUCAUUUUUAGCAUACUUUAUGUACAUAUAUAUUAUGGCUUUACUGUGUAAUGUAAAUAAAAGUAUAUAUUUACUAACUAUAGUUAUUAAAGUGCUUACAGCUGGAAACGUGAUCACAAGGAAGCAAUAACUAGCAUGGAAAAUACAGUCAGCUCAAGUUAUUGCAAGAUAAAGCUGUACAGUGGGAGAAAACUAGUAAAUAGGAAGAGGUUCAAAG